UCAGAGCUGAUUGCAUCACUAAGCAUCACACCACCAAUGAUGUAAUCGAUACAUCAGAUUAACUUUUGAUGUCAAAUGAUGUCACAUGACUUCAAAUGAAAACAUUUGAUGUCAAAUGAUGUCAUAUGAUGUAACAUUAUCUGUCAUGAGUUAGUGUUAAAAGUUUACUAAUAGGAGCAAAAACCUUGAGAUUCUGAUCAAUUGUUGCACGCAAGUUUCGUAUAUCGCAAAGAACAAAGUACCAAGUUUAAAAAGUGUCUUUGUUUACAUAUAACUUUUGCUGUCAAACUAAUUAGAAUUCUCAAAAAAACGUAUCAUGGAAUCAUCAAGACACCGUUCUGUCCGAAAAUCCCUAAAGAAUUUUCAACUCAGCAGUUUGGAUUCUGUUGUGGGGAACGAGUCCACUUUUGAAUUUGGGUUUCAUUCUACUUUCAUGGACUGGGAUGACAUUGACGAAGACAAUGAUUACUCCCCCCCCCCUUCUGAUGAUGAAGAAGAAUUUCCUGAGACUCCAGAAACUCCUUACUAUGAUUAUUCUCCCCUUUAUAAAAAUGAGGAGGAAGAAUUUCCAGAAACUCCUGAACCAAAAAGACAGCAGGAUUGGGAAAACUCCAAGCCAAAAACCUGCCCGCAAAACCAAACCUUAGGGUUAAAGCCCUUAAGUCUUGCUCCAAUCGUCUCCUUUCGCCCAAUUGCAUUCUUUCCUGUGAAGCCGGUGUCUGUCCCUAAAUCAACUCAGCCUGAGGGAAUCAAACCUUUGGGAAAGGGAAAACAAACUACAACUGCUUUGGAUGAGCCGACUUCAACAUCUGAGUCGACCUCAGUGGAGAACGCAGAAGCACUUCAAGUAGAGAACACUGCUGUGAAAAGUGAAGUAGAGUGUCUGAAGGAACUUCUUCAGCAGAAAGAUCAGAAGCUGGCGGAUGCUGAAAAGCUGAAAGCUGAUCACUUUGAAGAGCAGAUGAGCCACAAGACAGAACUUUUACCAAAAGCUGAAACCUCUUUGAGCCACAUGACUGAAGCACAAAAUAAGCUGGCUAAAGAAAGAGAAGAAAACACCUCCCUCAAGCAAGAAAUGGCUGAACUAAGAAAAGCUCAUGAGGAGGAUAAGGCCGCCACUGAAAAGAAGUUUUUGGAAUUGCUCUCCAAAAAUGAGAAGAGCAUGGAACAGUUAAGAGAAACCAUCACAGAAAAAGAGACCAUCAUGAGCAAAUUUGAAAAGGUCUCCAGGACAAGGAUCGUAAAACUUCUCGGUCAGAUUGACGACCUAAAAAUGGAGCAACAGAAGAAAGAUUACAUGCUGCGGGAAGCUGCUGGGAAAGCCGAACACCUUGAAGAACAGAUGAGCCAAGAAAGACAGCAAUGGCAGGAAGACAAGUCCUCCGUCUUACAAGAAAUUGCUCAUCUAAAGACAGCUCUGAAGGACAAGGAGACUGAGGUGACCAAAUCUAAAAGAGUCUCCAAGAAAAAGAAUGUCCAACUACUCCGUCAGAUGGACGACCUAAAAGCGCAGCAUGAGCAGGAACAUUUGGACCUCACCAGCCAAUUGGAAAUGCAGAAAGAGUGUCUUCUUAACUACCAUGAGCUGACAUUAACAGAAGCAUAUAAUCAGCUGGCUAAAGAAAGAGAAGAAAACCUCUCCCUCAAGCAAGAAAUGGCUGAACUAAGAAAAGUUCAUGAGGAGGAAAAGGCCGCAAUAAAAAAUUCUAAUGCAGCCUCAAGUGGUGAGAUCUUCAAGCUACAAUGUCAGAUUGAGGGACUAAAACGGGAGCACGAGAAGGAAUUUACGGGUCUCAUCAACAAUUUUGAAAAGGAGAAAAAGGAUCUUGAAGAACACUAUAAUAGGAAGUUAAAUUCCCAAAUGGAUCAGAUGGAAGGCGAAAUAAAAAGAUGUCAGGAGGAAAAAGACUCCCUGCUGGAAGAAAUUGGUGAAUUACAAAGGAAUUGUGAGAAGCAUAAGGCAGCAUGUCACCGAACUGAAAAUAAGGAGAUGGAAAAAUUACAAAGAACCAUCAGAGAAAAAGAUGCCAUCAUAAGCCAGUCUGGAGUCAUUUGGAGCAAAAAGCUGGAGCAAAGAGACCAACAGCUUGAGACAAUAACACAGGCCGCUCUCAAGAAUAAAAUGGACCUCAGCAGGGAAAUACACCUGUUGCAAGAAAGGAUUGAACAAGACAGGAUCAAAACAAAUGUAGCCAAACUCAGCUUUGACCUGAAGGUAAAGGAGUCCACCAAAUUAAGAGCUGCUUUGGUCCAGAAAGAACUGGAAGGCCAGAAGCAGCUGGAACAAGAAAGACAACAGCUGGAAGAAGAAAAGUCCACCCUUUCACAACAAAUCGCUCACCUGAAGAAAGUUGUCAAGAAGAAAAAGACCAUCAUCAGAAAAACUCAAGAGGAUUUCCAGGUCCAAAUUCAUCAACUACAGCAGCAGGUGGAUGAGCUGAAAGAGAAGACCACAAAGAAAGGUGUUGGUCGGAGGCUCCUGAACCUGUUUAGAAGGUCUAGAAAAAAGGACUGAGUGGACCUCGACCACAGCCCCC